CAUGUCACUAUUUGUGCGUUUCUUGGUAGGCGACACAAACCGCCGUCUGCUGACCAGCGAUGCGCAGUUUUAUCACGCCUGGGGAGUUUGUGCGUAAAAGUGCGCGGCGCUCCGCGGCGCAGCGCGCUCGCUUCCCCCUCCUAUCCUCCUCUUCAUCUUCCUCGGCUGUCGAACCGAGCGGCGCCUCGCAGCCCCCAGAAGAGCCUCUGAGAAAUGGCAGGGCUCCGUCCGCGGCCGCGGCUCGCCGCCGCCUGCUGCGCCGUGUUGCUGCUCUUCGUGUCCGCCGCAGCCUCCGUGUCGAGUCGUGAUGAUGCUGCGGGAGUCGAGGGGGACUCGUGGGAAAACCCAGCCCGGUCCACGCACGAGGACCCGCAUCACCGCACCAACUCCACCGUGCACAAGAAGGCUUUCCCCGUCCUGUCCUUCAACUUCGACCACGUCAGGAAGCCGUUUGAGAUCUCCCUGUGGAUCCUGCUGGCCCUGCUCAUGAAACUUGGGUUUCACAUUAUUCCCAGAGUGUCGCACAUCGUCCCAGAGAGCUGUCUCCUCAUCGUCGUCGGCUUGCUGGUGGGCGGCGUCAUCAAGGCUCUGGAUGAGAAGGCCCCCGACUCCGACUCCUCAGACUCCACAGCCUCCGCAGCCCCCGUCCUCGACUCCAAGCUCUUCUUCCUGUACCUGCUGCCCCCCAUCAUCCUCGAUGCCGGCUACUUCCUGCCCAUCCGGCCCUUCACGGAGAACAUGGGCACCAUCCUGGUGUUCGCCGUGGUGGGCACGCUGUGGAACGCCUUCUUCAUCGGCGGCAUGAUGUACGCCGUCUGCCAGAUCGAGGUGGCCCAGCUGGGCGACGUGGACCUGCUGUCCUGCCUGCUGUUCGGCUCCAUCAUCUCGGCCGUGGACCCCGUGGCCGUCCUGGCCGUGUUCGAGGAGAUCCACAUCAACGAGCUGCUGCACAUCCUGGUGUUCGGCGAGUCGCUGCUGAACGACGCCGUCACCGUGGUUCUGUAUCAUCUGUUCGAGGAGUUUUCUCAGGAGGGGACCGUGACGGUGGUGGACGCCCUCCUGGGCGUGGUCUGCUUCUUCGUGGUCUCGCUGGGCGGCAUCCUGGUGGGCGUCAUCUACGGCGUCCUGGGAGCCUUCACGUCCCGCUUCACUUCUCACACUCGCGUCAUCGAGCCGCUCUUCGUCUUCCUCUACAGCUACAUGGCUUACCUCUCGGCCGAAGUCUUCCAUCUCUCCGGGAUCAUGUCUUUGAUCGCGUGCGGCGUUGUCAUGAGGCCGUAUGUGGAAGCCAACAUCUCCCACAAAUCUUACACCACCAUCAAAUACUUCAUGAAGAUGUGGAGCAGCGUGAGCGAGACGCUCAUCUUCAUCUUCCUGGGCGUUUCCACCGUGGCCGGUCCCCACGUCUGGAACUGGACCUUCGUCAUCUUCACGGUGUUCCUCUGCCUGGUGUCCAGGGUGUUGGGAGUCAUUGGUCUCACGUACAUCAUCAAUAAAUUCCGCAUUGUGAAAUUAACCAAGAAGGACCAGUUCAUCGUGGCCUACGGUGGCCUGCGAGGGGCAAUUGCCUUCUCACUGGGGUUCCUGCUGACCGACAAUCAGAUGAAGACCAUGUUCCUGACGGCCAUCAUCACCGUCAUCUUCUUCACCGUGUUCGUGCAGGGAAUGACGAUCAGGCCUCUGGUGGAGCUUCUGGCAGUGAAGAAGAAGAAAGAGAGCAGAAGAUCAAUCAACGAAGAGAUUCACACACAGUUUCUGGAUCAUCUCCUGACUGGAAUUGAAGACAUCUGUGGCCAUUAUGGACACCAUCACUGGAAGGACAAGCUGAAUCGCUUCAAUAAGACCUACAUGAAGAAGUGGCUGAUCGCCGGCGACCGCUCCACCGAGCCGCAGCUCAUCUCCUUCUACAACAAGCUGGAGAUGAAACAGGCCAUGAUGCUGGCGGAGAGCGGAAGCUCGGCCAAGCUGCCGUCCCUCGUCGCCAUGCAAAACAUUCAGCCGAAAGAGCCGGUCAGACGCCGGGUGAUACCGAGCAUCUCCAAGAGCCGCGAAGAGGAGAUCAGGAAGAUGCUGCGAGCCAACCUGCAGAAAACCCGACAGAGGCUCCGCUCGUACAGCAGACACGACCUGAUGAUCGACCCGUUCGAGGAAGACAUGAGCGAGGUCCGCUUCCGGAAGCAGAGGGUGGAGAUGGAGAGGAGGAUGAGCCACUACCUCACAGUACCUGCAAACCGACAGGAGACACCGCCCGUGAGGAAAGUGGGCUUUGAAACAGAGCACAAGGUCUACAGGUACGAUGACAGCGAGAGCCCCAGGGGCCCCUCGUCUCCCAGCCCCCCCGCUGCCCUGCGCCUGCUGGACCAGUCGCCACCGACACCCGGCCGGAGCGGCUCGGUGCGGGUGGAAAGCGAGUCAGCGCAGAGGGCCGCGGAGGCCGACGACCAGGAGGAGCAGCUGACGAUGAUGCGCUUCCUCAGCGACCCCGGCCCCAACGAAGAGGAGGAGCGCGACGGAUAAAACCCCGGAGGGACGAAGCACAUUUACAGUACUUGAAACCUGAUCUCCACAGGAUGUGUUCAGCGAGUGGAGGUCCGUUCGAGGAGGGUCGCUGUAGCAAAGCUGAAUUUAUCGUUAAAAAUGUUGUGUCUGUUACAUGUGAUUAUCCAAGUUGGUUUUCUCUUAACAGUUCCCAUGAAUUUCAUACAUUUUAUUGUCAUGUACCAUUCAGUAUUACCAAAGCUCACACAACAGGAUGUUUACUCAUAAUUUCUGGCUUCUUUUACAUCCCGAUCGGUAUUUUGCAUAACAACGUGCAAACGAAAAUGGAGUAUUUGUUUUGACCGGCUUAAAGCACCUGAUGGGUGGAGUCUGCCCCGGAGGAAAAGGUCGGGACUUGAACCCAGGUCCCUGACAUUCAAAGUCAAGAUUGCAUCAUGAAGCACAAACUAGGGAUUACAAACUGCAAACUAUAGUUCGACAGUUGCAGGUAAAACUCUCCCGAUGCUGUCACUAUUAGGAUUAUUGCUAAUUGCAGUAUUGCGAAGAAAUUUCAUUUGCACUUUCAUGAUAGCCAGAUCGUGAACCUCGCCCACCUUUCUCUGUCUGGGAGACCACGGUGCCUGUAUCUGUGGCCCAAAGUAACAUGGUUGACUUUAGGAAGCCAGUACUUUCAAGAAAAGAAAAAGCUAUACCAACUUACAAGACUUCUUUCAUGCUGUUAUUUAAACAUGAACAGCAAAGUUGAAGGACUGAGGUCCGUCUCGUGAGUCCCAUAAUUAUUCCUGUCCUUUUUGCUGUGCCCCCAGCAGGGAAUAUUCCCCAUUAUUUGGCUUAGUUAGGUGGUUUCAGCGGUUUCAGCCACCAAACGCUGAGAAUAUACUGACAUUGUGGAGACAUACAAAACUUGCAUUUUUCGGGAGACGGGUUGAUUCCUUACUAAAGAUAAUAGCUUAAGUCGGUGGCAUCCAGUCUCUGUCCUUGGUUAUUGCCAUCAAUCUGGUUACAAGCUCCUGAUGGCACUCAGGUGUGUUGCAGAAGGGAGACACCACACUUAACUGAGGUUGCAUUAGUCAAGCUGUUCAGCAAACUCAUCUCUUCAAAAUAAAAUAUGAAAUCUGUUAUCCCAAAGUUAUUAAAAGAAAAGUUUGCAAAAGAAGAAGACAGAUAUUGUUUGACCAAGUUCUGUGAAUAAGCUUAUCACUGUGCUUAUAACUGCAUGAUUUAUCUGAUUUUUUUUCCCUCAGGGACUGAAACACACGACUUCAUAAUGUGACUGACAUAUUCAAGCCUCAUUCGUCUAUUUUGUCAAAUAAUCCUGGUUGUUCUAUGUGAAUAUUUGUGGGAUGAAAAAAAGAGCUUUAUAUCAAAUGCAUUCCUGCAAACUGAGCAUGCAGAGAUGACUAACGGAGAGAUUAAGAAGACUUAUGUCUGCACUUCACAGCACUUGACUGCCUAAGCUUUUACUGCCUGCACAUGUUUGCCUUAAAAUGUUCUGCUUAUUGUGUCUAUUUUUAUAUUUUGCAAAAAUAAAGACUGUGUUAAAGUUGUAACCAUUUGUCUUGAAAUAAAGGCAGGAAGUGUUUACAGGA